AUGGCGCCGUUUUUACCGUCAGAUUGCUACAACCAAAUAUUCGAAAAUCUCGAAAACGAUCGCGAUGCUCUAUACUCUUGCAUAUUAGUAAAUCGACAGUGGUGUCAAAGUGCAAUACCUGUACUCUGGAGUCAGCCAUUUCGACUACUAAACAUAUGUCGAGAUCCGGCCGAAUAUUCGCCAGAGUCAUGGCGAAAAAGGGCCGGACAAUUAGUAGAAACAUAUUUUCUAUCACUAAAUGAAGAAGAGAAACGAGCACUCAAACGAAAACGCGUGUAUCUGUCGAGGGAAAUUACAGCACCACCGGAAGCAAAACCACGUCCGAUUUUUGAUUAUCCGCAUUUACUAAGACGUGUUGAUUUGGGGGAAGUAUUUGCGGCAUUACUAGGAUGGAUAGAAUACACGCAAGAGAAUAAAAUGGUGGCGAUGCAAGCUCACGCGUCAUCUUCAUCAUUUAUGAAGAUGGAUCGAAUCGCGCCUGUGAAUUUUUUGAUGUGUCGGUAUCGUGAAUUUCGAUCUUGGCGAGAACGUAGAAUGCGUGCAGAAUUAGCGGCAGCGAAAGUUCUUGGAAAUUUUUUGAUGAAACAUUGCUGGACUAUAAAAAGAUUCUCUAUCGAUACAAUUCAUCGUUCUUUAGUUCCUGACGCGUUAUUGUUGAUGCCGAUGUACCCGGGAGCAAUUGACUGUUUAUCGAAUUUAGCUGAAUUAAGAUGCACAACAAAAUCAAUAAAAACAAAUUUCUUUCAAGAAAUAUCUAAAGUAGCACGUAAUCUACGAAACAUCACCGUGUGGAUGUCAUAUCCACGAGUAAACGCCGAGCUAAUGCUCGAUCGUCGAAAAAAAUCCAAGGAUGAACAAACAUUUAUCAAAGAAGCCGAAGCACUCGUACGCGUGGUCGAAGCACAAAAAAGUCUUCGAGCAUUUGAACUUGGGUAUUGUCCUUGGGGCCUUGAUCUUGUCAUCAACUCAUUAAAAUCACAGUCACAUUCUUUGCGGCGGAUAAGUUUUACCGGGGUGAAUUUUUUAUAUUCUGGCCCGUUGGCUGGGCUGGCGGCUUGUACAAAAUUGGAGAAACUGAAAUUUAAUUCUUGUUUGAAUUUGACUGAUACUGUCAUGCAACCGUUGACAAAUGUAAGAUUUCCAUUUUUGAGAAAAAUUAAUAUGAAUUCACCAGCCCCGGCAAGUAUUUUGACUGAUAUUAUACGAAAUUCUAAUGCAAGCAUUAAAAAAUUGACGUUAAGCGAAAUAUUGCAAAAUGAAGGAGAAACACCAAGCGUAAUAGAAAUUAUCGCACAACAUUGUUCGAAUAUUAUAAAAUGUAAUGUUCGACCGACUAAAGACGAAAUGCCUCAAUUGGUAUCCCUCGUUUCUCUGUGUGAAAAUCUUGAAACAUUAAUUAUAACUGGCGCAAGGUGGCCAGAGAUAGAUGUAAAUUCUGUAGUACGAGACAUGUCGAAAUAUAAAUUACCAAAGUUACGACAUCUCGGGAUCCAAGCAGCAUUAACACUCACCCCGAGAACACUGGAGCAUUUUUUCCAAAAUACAAGAGCACCUAUUGUCACCCUGGAAUUCUAUCAAUCGCAAUGCUUUGGUGAUCAUCAUCUCGAUGUGGUUUUGUGUUGUCUCGAGUCCACGUUAAGAAAUCUUCGAGUUCAGACGUAUCGAAAUAUUCCGUCUCAAUCAAUCCACAAUGCUCGACAGCGGAUAAAUUCUGUUUAUAUUUAUCCGAUGUGA